AUGGAAGUGCACCUGGCCAUUUUCCCUCAAGACCUACUGACGGUGUUGGAUGUGUCCAAGCCCAACGGAGCUGGAGUUGCUACUUCUUCCACUGUUCUGACCACUCCAGUUCCUGUGCCUGCCUCCACACAAUCUGCUCCUGUUGUUUCAACUCCUUCUAGAGUUACUCGGGCCACCUCAGAAGCAUUCUCCAUGCUCUCUUGCAGAAAACCUAACAACGUUGAGGAGAUCUUGAAAAUAUCAAUCAAACCUGGUUGGAAAAAGGGCACAAGAAUCACUUUCCCUGAGAAGGGCAGCCAAGAGCAGCCCAGGAUCACCCCUGGAGAUCUUAUAUUUGUAGUAGACGAGAAACCUCAUGCUGUUUUCAAUAGGGAUGGAAAUGAUCUGAUUGUCAAUCAGAGCAUAUCUUUGUUGGAGGCUCUUACAGGGAAGACUCUUGAUCUAACUACCCUUGAUGGAAGGAAUAUAACUGUCCUGAUUACGGAUAUUAUCAAACCGAGCCAUGAAGUGGUGAUCCCAAAUGAAGGAAUGCCCAUGUCAAAAGAACCCGGAAAGAAAGGAAACUUGAGGAUUAAGUUUGAUGUUAAAUUCCCGACAAGCCUCGCUGAAGAACAAAAAUCUGAUCUGAAGAGGGUGCUGGGAGGGAAUGAGGGUUGAAGAUUAUCAUUAACACUGACAGUUUAAGUGCAAUUGGAUGUAAAUAUGUAACAUAUUCAUCAUUAUGGAGAAAAAUAUGUGCAUAGUAGGAAUAUAGAUUCAAGUGUUAUUGGCUUUGUGAAAAACAAAGCUCGUUUAGCUACUUAGCCACAGGGUAGUAACUUUGAUCUUCCAUGUGAAAUUUGUAAGUAAUUAUUGAUGGUCCUUGCAUUUGGAUUAAAAUGAUAAAAAGUUGUGUUCCUUUUGUUUGUUGUAAUUAUUCUUUGUACAGAACUCUGCGCUAGAUACUGUUAAUGUAUGUAUUUAGUUUUGGUAA